AUGGAUUUGUUCAAUUUCAGAUCCAAUAUCCCGGCCAAGCGGGAAGUUAACUCCUCCAAUGAGACUGGAAGCGGACCGACCUCCACCGCAGACCAUUUUAUCCAACCGAUGGCAAGAAGGAGUCGCAGAACCGAGGAUUGCCGGGGUACCAAGCCAGCACAGGACAAUGAUAGGCAGAUCCAUCGACCCGUCGUUCACGGUCUUCUCCACAUGCCAGGGGGGCGAUCUGAGCAUUUUGAGCCAUUUGAAUGGGCUUGCUGGGCGGAAAUGUCAAUUGGGAUUAGGGAUCUAAAUUGGACCCGGACCAGAAAGUCAAACCAGUUAGCUCGUCUGAAAUUUGCGGGCAGGGGUGCACUCCUGUUCGGGAAUGGGGGCAGGACGACUGCAGCCGAGGCCACUGAGGAAGCCCAUGGAGGGAAUUCUGGUCCUUCAGACAGCGGACGUGAGAGAGAAAAUCAGUUGGAGCAAAGGAUGCGAGAUCCACAAUCUAAUUACAGGAUGGGAAAAGUUAGCGUCGAGCUUCGAGGGGGGGUUGCCAUUGACCUGGCACGAGCGGAGAGAGUAAGAGUACGUACUAACUAUCCAGGAGGAGCAGCAGGAGCAGGAGUCUGUCAGAAGCUCCAGGACAAGGGCAGGCUGAAUGAGGAAAGACCACCACCAGCAGCGGUGACUCCACCGGAAUCCCACUUACUUGCGGCACGCCAAUCCAUUCUGAUUGCCCCGCACGCUUUUUUCCCUCCCAAAAUACUCCCAGAAAGUCUUCCCCUCAUUCGGCCCAGAUGGCUGGUCUCUCCAAUUCCAACCAUUAGUGGAAUCUCCCAGAAAGCAUCAGAGUGCCAUGGUGGCUUGUCGUGCACCCUGAAUGAUCUUGAUGGUACCAGCCCUACGGAAACUCCUUACUAUGGCGACAUUAGCCUAAUCACUUUACUGUAUGCACCCCUUGCAUGGUGCAUCACCAGCAUCGCCAUCUCGUAG